GUCCGCCCUGUAGCCCACCUCACUUUUGAGAAGAGCAGCUUACACACAUUGGAAUUAAUUACCAAAUCUAUGGUUGUGUGCUAUGAUGGGUAGCUAGUGAUAUCAAAGAAGUUGCUUUUCUUGUUUGAAUAGUUUUUCAAUGUUUAAGAAUGGUAGGUGUGUUAUCAAUGAUUUUCAUUUGUUUCUAAACUGUCAGCAAAGAAUGAGGACUUUGCAACACAGAUGCACACACACAGAGGUAGAGAGAUGAAACUAUUAUCUGCAAAUGAUGUUUUGGAGAUCUUUUUUUGUGCUCAUAAUUUUUUCUUUUCGAUAUGUUAAGUGAUCUAAAUGGUACUUUGAAGAUAGCUGCUUGUGGAAGUUGAUGCCAAAUCAGUUCUUAAAGUUGAUGUGGAAGUAACACUUGGAAAAAGUUUUCACCUGAAGCUGUGUGGUACAAUGCUGAUUUACGUUGUGAGCUAAUGAGAAUUGAGCUGUCUAAUUUUAUCGUUAUAGCAAAUUUGAGUUUAAAACAUUUCUUAAGCACUGGUUGCUUAUUUUCUAAGCUAUUCUCUUUAUAAGUGCUCAUUUUCAGAUUUUUCUAAGAUAUUCCUGGUACCAUAUGGUUAUAUUGUGUUAAUUGUGCAUGUAAAAUCUGUAAUCUGGUUAGAGAUGAAAAAAUAGUGCUCUUUUAAAGGAGGUAAAGAGGCUCAACAAAUUCCAGUUUUCUCUUGCACACAAGUAACAUUGAGACGGGCAACUUUUGGACAGUAAAUUAGGUUUUGCUUUCUCCUGCCUCAUAUUGUUUUUGCACUUGUUUGUACAGAACAGCCACCCAAUUACGCCAUAAAAGGAUUUCUUGACAUGUUAGAUGUGAAGGGUUUAUGUAGCGUCUUGCUUUGAUGAAUUAACUUAUUUAUAUGAUCAAUUUCAAUCAAAGGCCUAGUUUAACUCUGUUAAUAGUUUUCCUUUACCCAGCCAUUUUUAGCUUAGAUACCUGUUAAAAACUUAAAAUAGAGUAAUAAGACCUCCUUCUAUCAUGUUAAUUGUUACAUGUAUAAAAUAUAUAUAUUGUUUUCUAUUUGUCCUCCAUGUAGGUACCCUGGGAUGUCUGAGGAGGACUUCCUAAAAGCUUGCCCUGUAUGUCGUAACAUUUGCAACUGCAUAGCAUGCUUGCGGUAAGAUGGGUUAGCUAAACAUUUGAUGUAUGUAGAAGUGAAGUUCAGUGAUGAAGAAAAACUCGAGUACGCUAAGCACAUUGUACAAGCACUUUUGCCUGCUUUGGAACAAUUUAAUACAGAACAAAUGAUUGAAAAGCAGAUUGAGUAUCAGAUUCAAGCAUUUCCAGAUUCAAAGGUUAAUAUACAAAAAGCAAAAUACGAGAAGGAUGACCGAAUUUAUUGCAACUAUUGCAAUGCUUUUAUUGUUGAUUUUCACCGGAGUUGUUCUAUCUGUUCCUAUGAACUUUGCCUUGUUGCAAAGACUUAAGGUAUGGCAACCUGCAAGCAGAUGCAUUCGAAGUGAGGAUGCAGUAUAUUGACUAUGGACCAGGUUAUUUGCAUGGUAAAGGUUGCAGCGUAACUUCUUCAGCUAUGAAUGGAACUACUGAAGUUAAAAUAAGGGAUCAAACAAAGGUGGUAAUGGCAUCUAAAUGGAAACCCAAAGAAGAUGGUAAUAUUCCUUGCCCACCCAAAAGAUAUGGGAGGCUGUAAGGAACCUUAAAUUUGAGACGUAUACUUUUUGAGAAUUGGAUAUCACAGCUGUUACUGAAAGCUAAAGAGAUAGCAGAAAAAUGUAAAUUGAAGGAAAUGCACAAUGAUUCAGAACUGCACUUCUCCUGUUCAAAAUCUAAGGGUGCAAAUGGUG